AUGUUGAACUGGAUCUACUGCAAAUCAUGGACUUAUAUUCGGCUUCCAAUGUCUGGACUCGGAAAAGGUACGUAGAAUGUUAAAUUGUUGAUAGUAUUGGUAAAUUUUAGCCGAAAUAUCUCCGCGUCAUGUGCAGCGAGAUGUUUCAAUAGUUCAGGUGGAGGACAAGCAUAAUAAUGAUGCGGCUUACGAAGUAAAUGAAGUCCCUCUUCAUCGGCUUGCAAGAUGGUAAGUUCUUUUCUUCUAUUUUGCGUUGUUGAUUUAGGAAAUAUUCAACCACCACACCGUCUUCAUCAAUCCGAUUACAGAUGUGGUCUACUAAUGAGAAACACGUGAUCUUCUGGACCCCUCCUAUGCGCAAGACUGUUUGCUCCCGGCGACUAAACCCAGAUGUAAGGAGUACACCAAAUUCUGGAUAAGCUAGCUCCACCGAAUGCAUUUGCAGCCAGCCGUUCAACAACCCCAUAGGUACGCGAAAAAGUGCACAAUUUUCCGGCUAUUAUUCCUAUUACAAUUCAGCCACCAUGGUUUAUUAUCUCUGUUACCUGAAUUACAUUUUUGUGACCUUCUUUAUAUCAGAUUUAUAUAUUAUAUCUGAUUUCUCCGAUAUCUGUUUCUUAGACACCUUUAUUUAUUGUUAUUAAAGAUUAGUUAUUCAUUUAUUUUAUAGACAGUGAACGAAGAGUUGUCAAAGAAAAAAUGUAAAAAACAUCGUAUAUUUGAAAAGAACAGUGCUUUAUUUACUAAAUGGCAACAUUUCAAUUCGCCAUUUUUCCCCAAAAUCCUGCAGAAGUGGGCGGAGCCAAUAGGCGGAAAGAGUCUUGAACCACACUCUUCCCCCACCUUGAUAGCGGGAGCGUCUGCUCGAGACUCUUUCCUCCUCUCAGAUUCUUUCCCAAAUGGGAAGAGUUCGUAAACACACUCUUCCGAACGAAAAGGAAAGAGGCUGAAGCAUUUUUUUCAGAAGAUUUUUUCCACUCUUAUUCCUUCACUCUUAAAUCACAAAUUUAUAUACUUUUUUCAAAAAAAAAAAAAAUAAAUAAAAUAAAAUAAAAUAAAAAUAAUUUAAUUUUUUAUUAAAAAAAUCUCAAAUUUUAAAGCCCCCAAGGCACUUUAAAAUCCUCAAAAAACAAAUUUACCUAUCAAUUCAUCGUAUUUUAGUUUGUUAUCCCGGUCAAAUCCUCUGCGGAAGUUAUUGCGCCAACUUGGAGCAUCUCGCCGACUGCUUGACCAACCCCAAAUGUGAUGACGAACCGGGCAGCUCGAAAUUCCUAUUGGAGCCGGCAUUUUGUCCUUCAUUGAGUGAGUUGACCAAAUUUUACUUAAAUUUAAAUUUAAAAAUUUUAUUUUUUACAGAAUUUUUUUUUAAAUCUUGAAUAUCUCAGCUGAACUAGCAACUGAUGAGCAAAUUUUUUUAAUAUUUUAUUAUAUUGUUUGUGUAAAGUGCGUUUGCAAAUUUUUACACCGAUCCGACCAUUUUUUUGCACCGCAUUUUGGGUCCCACCACGAAAAAUUUUAAUUUCUUGGCAUUCCAAAUUAAAGUAAGAAAUGGUAAUUUCAAGGCCUCUAAAGCAUUGUAAAAUAAUUUUUAUAUGUUCUUGAAGCUCUAAAAAUAUAUUUUUUUAAAAAUUUUUUUCAAUUUUUUUUUUCUUGAAUAUCUCAGCUGAACUAGUAACUGAUGAGCUAAAAUUUUUUAUGGUUCAUAUAUAGCCUGUCUAAAGUACGUCUACAAAGUUCUGUGUCUAUCCGACCACUUUUUUGUUCCGCAUUUUGGGUACCACCACGAAAACUUGAAAUUUCUUGGCAUUCCAAAUUAGACUUAUAAAUGGUAAUUUCAACGCCUCUAAGGCAUUGUAAAAUAAUUUUCAGAUGUUUCUGAACCCAAUAAACCUCUUUUUCAGAGCGAAAACUCUGCGACUUGCCGAACACUUUGCCAUGUCGCGGCUACGGCGAAUGCGUCUUCUCGCACUGGUUCCAGAACGGCCGCAAAGACUGUUUCGACGGGUCGGACGAGGACUCCGACUACGUACGGAUCUUUCAACUCGCCCGGAACCAUCUACAACAUAUCGUACCGCAGAUUAUUUCCUCCGGCGGGAGUGCGCAAAUUUUCGCAUUUCCUCCGAAUUCGACCAACGAGACAGAAAGUUUUGGUCGGGAAAAUCAAAAACAAGGCCUGGAAAGUGUUGGUAUGGCUUCGGCAAAUCUUGGGCAGCAUUCUGGAGCCGGCCAAAUUGGACAGAAUGAGAUUUUGAGCGAGAAAAAUGGAAUUUUUGAUCAAAAAAUCUCCCAUACAAGGCCAAUUCCCAUCCCCAUACCUCAAACCGGAGGCCCACAGGGUGAGUAGCGCUAUGGAUUUUUUAUAUCAACUUUUAUGACACGAAAAUAUGAUGAUUUUUUCGGAAAAAACAAAAUUUUUUGAUUUUUUCGCAAAUUUUGCUCAAAAAAUUUCAAAAAAAUAUGUCGCAAAGUUUUUAAAUUUAUCUAAUAAAGCUUUGUGGUGGUUUAUCUUACUGUAUUUUUUCUAAAUUUUUCAAAAAAAAAUUCAAAAAAUUUCAAUUUCAGCUUCAUUUUUCACAACUCCAAAUCCUCGCGAUUACUUUCAAAAAAUCGAUGAGACAGAAAAAGAAAAGUUCCAGCAUCAUGGAAAUUUCCCAGCACGGCCUCCGGGAAUUAUUUUACCGCCCAUUUUGUUCGUUACAACCACGAUCUCCCCGCCAACAAAGCCUUUUGAUCCAUUUGAAGCGUUCGGAAUCACAAGACCCAGCGAAGUUGAUGUCUAUCGUAAGUUUAAAAAUGCAUUUUUAUCCUAUUUUGGCUUUUUUUGGCCAAAAUACUCUAUUUACACCAUUUUUUCAGUUUCUGUGCCUUUUGUUUUUUUCGCACUGUGCAGACCACUUUUUCGAACUUUGCACAGUGCAGUUUAGAAAAUCUUGAAUUUCGCACUGUGCAAGCAAAUUUAAAAAAUAUUUUUUUUGAUUUUUGGCAAAAAUGAAAUGUAGUCAUCACCCUUAGUCACAAAAAGUAAGAAAAAUUGCGCGUGUAUAUGAUUUACCAGCAGUUUUAGCGAUUGCACGGUGCAAUUUAAAAAAUCUUGGAUUUUGCACUGUGCAAUUGAACUAAAAAAAUUUUUUUUUUAUUCUUGGUCUACAUCUGAUAUGGUUAUCACCCUCAGUCACAAAACGUAAAAAAAUUUGCGCGUAUAUAGAAUUUACCGGCUAAUUUAGCGAUUGCACGGUGCAAUUUAAAAAAUCUUGGAUUUUGCACUGUGCAAUUGAACUAAAAAAACCUUUUUUUUGAUUUUUGGCAGAAACUUAAUCUACUCAUUAUCCUGAGUCACAAAAAGUAAAAAAAUUGCGCGUAUAUCGGAUUUACCGGCUAAUUUAGCGAUUGCACGGUGCAGUAUGCAAAAUAUUGAAUUUCGCACGGUGCAAUGGCAUUUGUUUGGGAUUUUUGGUAUCAUUAGAACAAAUAGAGUGUGUUUAUUGCCUUUAGCUGAAUAGAACAAAAAUUAUUUGUAUAGUUUGAGAUCUACUUUUCCUUUUAGCUAUUGCACAGUGCAAUAUCAAAAAUUCAAACUUUUGCACCGUGCAGAUGGAUUUUUUAGACUUUUUAAAAAUUUUUGUGAUAGUCUAUGGCGAAAAUUGUAAUCUGGCUGUAAAAUUUUUUUCUGUUUGUCGCACUGUGCAUUUUUCCUACUUUUUUUGUUUUUGCACUGUGCACUCAACUUUGUAUUUUUUUUGCACUGUGCAGUGAAAAAUUAAAGUCCAUGAUGUAAAACAUAUAAUUUUUAAUUGUAGAAAAAUCUUCUGGACGUUCUCAAUUGUCCAUUUUUCUGAAUGGUUCGCCCUAAAUUCUUUGAUUUUUAGAAGUCCAACCAACUCUAUAUCCGGGCCAAAAAUUGCCGCAAAAUCGGCCAACAACGUUGUAUCCGGGCCAAAUUCUGCGGCCUGGCGAGGGAUAUCAUGCUGCAACUCCACCGUCAAUCUCAACGCUCUGGCCGAUUUAUGGGACUUUUGAGACAACUCAGGAAUAUAAUGGACGGUAAGGCUUUUUUUGAAUAAUUUGAAGUAUCAGUGCUCUUCGUAUUUUACCAAACAGUAAAAAAACGUAAUUUUUCGUUCUAAAUUACAAUUAUAGAUAACACAAAGUAUUUUUUUCGCAAAAAAUCUUUCAUCGUAUAAAAUGUCCUGAAAAAAUUUUUUUUAUAAUAUUCAAAUUUUUUACCAAAAAAAUGUUUUUUCGUUGUAAAAUACGACUAUAUUUACUUCAGAAUAUUUUUUUUGCAAAACAUCUUUCAUUGUAUAAAAUGUCCUAAAAAAAUUUUUGAUAAUAUUCAAAUUUUUUACCGAAAAAAAUGUUUUUUCGUUGUAAAAUACGAUUAGACAACCCAAAAUAUAUUUUUUUCACAAAACAUUUUCCAUCGUAUAAAAUAUCCUAUUAAUUUUUUUGAUAAUAUUCAAAUUUUUUACCGAAAAAAUUUUUUUCAUUGUAAAAUACGAUUAUAGCCAUCUCAAAAUACUUUUUUCGCAAAACAUCUUCCAUCGUAUGAAAUGUCCUAAAAAUUUUUUUGCUAAUAUUUGAACUUUUUACCAAAGAGAAUGUUUUUUCGUUUGUAAAAUACGAUGUUACCUACCUCAAUUUUUUUGCAAAACAUCUUCCAUCGUAUAAAAUGUCCUAAAUUUUUUUUUGGUAAUAUUCAAAUUUUUUACCAAUUUUCAGACUUGACGAAUUCGGUGACGUCAUUGCUUCUCAAACCCUAAAGCCAUCCUUUCCAUUCUUCCCCAAAGCUCCGCCCACAAAUCUACAGCCGCCAACUGGACCCAAUCAUCCCGUACAGCAACCUCAACAGCCGAUUUAUCGUCCUCCCACAACGUUCCGGCCAUUCCAGCCGUCGCCCGAGACCUGGAUCGUCUUCAACACCAAGGCGGAUCAGUUCGAGGGGCUAACCGGCGUCACAACGGAGCUGCCGGCUAGCGCUCCGGCCGAGCCGUCAAAUCUGCCAACCGAGCAGCCGGCGUGUUGUCGACCGGUCACGUUGUAUCCGGGGCAGCCAACACCGCGGGGCUACGGUGAGCCAACACUUUAUCCGGGUCAAGUCCGCCCCUCCAUAUAUCCGGGACAGUUCGAGACGGCCAAACCAACGUUAUAUCCUGGCCAAGGGCGGCCGUUCGGCCCUGGGCUGAUAGUUCCUGACCUAUCUCAUAAUUUACGACCUGCUUUACCAAGUCCGACCCUCUUUCCCGGUCAGAGGGUUACUGUAUUUCCUGGGGAACCGCUUGGCCAAGAACGCCCAAUAUUUCCGGGCCAAGGGCAGCCAUCGACACAAAAUGUGUUCCCAGCACAGCCUACACUAUUUCCUGCGCUGGGACAGCCAAUGCAACCGCCACAGCCCACGCUAUGGCCGAAUCAACAAGUUUUUCCGGGACCCUUCCCUCCACGGCCAACUCCAUUUCCAACACUUUUGCCCCCACCGCAACCAAACAUUUUGCCUCAAGCGACAACCAAAACUUAUCCAGUGGUUCUGCCCGGAGGCUUUGUUCUAUGGCCAGAUGGGAUUCAGCGCCCUGCCACAGCGCCGGCUACAACGACCGCUACAACAACAGCCAUUCCGUAUGACGAGUUCGGAAUCCCAAGGGCUGAAACCCCGCUCGGGACAACAAUUAGUGGCCCAAUUGAAGUUUCGUUGGGAAUUCAACAUCCUCAUCGUACCACAACACCAAUUCCGACUACAAUUUUUGAGGAGCUAACUAGCACAACAGCCGCUCCAAGGUUGCGACCUCUUCAGCCGGUCAACGGGUUCCCUCAACAAGGUCUUUGGCCAGUUGUGUUCCCAAAACCGGCGGUUCAUCCGGACGAAGGCAACAAAUGGCCGCCAAUUUUGGUGCCUCCCACGUACAUGCCAAUAGUGUCGACAUAUCCACCAGAAACCGAGGGCAAUGAAUGGCCAACAGUCAGACCGAUCUAUCCCCACGAAAUCGGGGAGAAUGUGAAGCCGGAAGGCAAUUUGAGGGCCAAUGACACACUUCUGGGAAGCGCUGAAGUGGCAAAUGUUACAGUAGGAUAUGAGGCAACUCAUGGAGGUACGGCGACGGAUGAGUACGGCCAUGUUAUUCCAAUAAUUGUCGCAGAAGUUGGCAGGCAUAUUUCGCACGAAAAGCCGAAAACUCAAACAACUGCAGCGAAGCCGACGGUUACUGUAACUCAUCCAAAUUUGGCCAGUAAAUUACCUGAGGUGUCUACUGUCUCUCCGCAACAACCGUUUUCGGCGACAACGUUUGGCGAGACAGUAGCGGCCAGUGAAAUUUGGUCGACUUUCCGAGGCUCGACCGGCGAGAUAACUGGCGAAUACACUGGGAAUACCUAUACUGGUGAGGCCAUGAAUACGUAUACUGGAUCAACAGUGUCUCCAGAGUACACUGGGACCGUCUACACGGGCAAAGCGUCGGCCGGGACGGAAGGUUUGGAGUUUACGGCCACUACAGUACUCCCAAGCGUAAAUACUCAUGGAACUGGGCAAACCGGUCAUAUUGACCGAAUUAUUGGGGGAAGUCAGGAGUAUCUGAGCUCCACCAUACACCCUGAGGGCUAUACUGGAAGCACGGAGCCAGCGAUCGGACAUACAGGCAGUACUAAUGAGUUUACCGCAACUGGAAAAGAAAAUGAGCUCGAAACUUCAUCAUCAUUUUUCUCGGCUUCGCCAUACCCUGAAGCCACAAUUGAGCACGGUCAAAACAACUUGGCUUCAUACACUUUUGCCCCGUUCAACCCAACCAAAUGGCUGCCGAUUGUGCCGGCCGCCCUACUCGCCGAAACUUUGGGCUCCAAGAAGUACGCCGAAUUCGGUUGUACGGACAGAAUCAACCAUAUUAGCAAAGAUACGAUCCGCACAACCGACUGCGAAUGCCCUCCGGGUCAGAUGAAGACAGUUCAUGAGGUUUGCGUCCGCGCUCCGGUCGCCACUUUCACGGUAAAUGUGAAAUCCGUAUGUUACAAGGAGUUCGCCGGGAAUUCGGAGGACGCCGCCGAAAUCGCUCUAAUGAAGCUGGCCAACGGUGUGGCGGAAAAUGCAUGCAUCCGCGACAGAAAGAACAAAGAGUUGGUGGUGAAUGCGAUGUGCGAUGGGUGCACGGUGAAGUCGUUGAGGAAGUUGUUGGAGGCAAGGCAAAAGGACAUUCCGGACGUGGAAAUGGAGAUAAAUGGUGAGUUUUUCGGGAAUUUUAUGUUGUGAGGAUGGUUGUAGUUGUUGCUGGUGGUGUGUAGUGGGUCGUGAGGGAAUUUGAGACCGUCCAGAAAAAAAAAUUUAUUGGAAAAAUUGAAAUUUUUUAGGGUUUUUGCGAUUUUUUGGGGUUUUCUGCGAUUUUUUGGGGUUUUUUGAAAAAAUGAGGUAAAAUACGACAUUUUUUGUCUAAUGUAUUACUCAUUAGGACUCUAAUUUUUUUCAAAAACAUUUUUUUUUGAAUUUUUGAAAAAAAUUUUUAUUGUAAAAUACGGAUAAGAUAUUUUUUAAAAUAUAAAAAAUUUAGUCACCAAAUUUUUUCAGAAGCUCUGGGACACCAAAAUCAAUGUGCCAAUGAUCUUCUAAACGACUGCGAUGAAGGGGAAUGCCACGUGAUUGACCUGCGAUACGCCUGUUUAUGUCCAAAUGGAACUGUUGAUGUGAAUAAUGAUGGAAGAAAGUGCACGAGAACUGGGUAAGAGUAGAGGUGGCAAUCGGGCUGGGCCGGCCCGGCCCGGCCCGGCCGGGCCCGGGGAUGCAGCUUUGAAAAAGCCCCGGGUCGGCCUGACCUGAGCAGAUUUGAAAAAGCCCCGGGCCGGCCUGACCGCUUCGGCCCGUCGGCCGGGCCGUGACUUUCGGCCCGGCCCGGCCCGGAAGGUGGAUAAGUUUAAAAAAUUUAAUACUAAACCAGCAAAAUAAAGCACAGAUGCUUUGCAGAAUUGAGGAUGGAUAUUAGAUCAAACCUUUUUUGUCUUAUAUGCUGUUUUACUACCUUUUAAAACUCUUUAAAAUCCCUGAUUACGUAUAUGUAAAAUCCCAGACAAACAUGCAAGGGUCGGGAAAAAAUCUUCGAAUUUUUUGAUGAUAAACUUAACAUUUCACUCUAAUUUUUUGCCUUGAUGUAAAUGAAAGUGUUUAAACAGUUUUUGAUUAAACAUGUAGCCUUAUAACUCCAUGUUUGUAUAUAGCUAACUUACUAUAGGAUUAAAAAAUUCGGCACAAUAAAACUUUUUGGCUGGGUUUUAGCUACCUCUUCGGCUGUUCCAGUCAUCCGAUAGACGUCUUAAUUUCACUCAUACACACGUAAAAACCGCCUGGAAAGCAUAAGAACUUCCAGUAUAAAGUUCAAAGACUUUUAUCCAACCUUUUUGUAUUAGCGGGCCAAACAGGGCCGGGCCGGGCCGGGCCGGCCUGGUCACUUCGGCCCGCGGGCCGGGCCGCAAAAAUCGGCCCGGCCCGGCCCGAUUGCCACCUCUAGGUAAGAGGGUAAAAUACGUUCAAGAAAACUGUUUUGAUUAAUUUUUAAGGCUGUUUCUUCAUUUUGAGCGCAAAAAAUAAAAAAAAUAAAAAAAAAAAUUUUUUUUAAUUUGUAAUUUUUUUAUUAUUAAAACAGUAAAAUACGGUAGUUUUACAAUUGUGAGUAUCCUAAAACAUGGUUAAUAUUUAUUAAAAAAAAAUUUUGAACAAGAAAAAUUUUCAAAAUUCCAAAAUUUUUGCCUUUUUCCCUCAAAAAAAAAUUUUUUUUUUCGAAAUUUUUCAAAAUCAACCUUAAUUAAAAAAAAAUGAAACCCUUUAAUCUCCCAAAUUUCAGAUGCACUCGAUUCCUCGGCGUCUGUGUGGUCGUGUGGGCGAUCAUUUUGUUGUUGAUGUUUUGCUUGUUGCCAUGUAUCAUUGCGUUGUUAUGUUAUCGCUGCGGAUGCAGUCAAUGCGAUCCGUUGGUCGAAUAUUACAAAAAAGUGAGUUGAAAAAUAAAAAAAAAAAAAAAAUUCGGAAUUAAAAAAUUUUUUUUUUAUUUUUAUUUUUUUUUUUUGAAAAACUUAAUUAUCGACCAGUCGGGAAAAUAAUGUGGAUUUGUCGCGGCUUGAAAUCGUCUAUCAGUGCUUUGCGAUGGCUAGAUUUGGCGCGACUGCGACGAGGCGAGACUUUUUGAUGCGAUAAAUCCACAUUAUUUUCCCGACCGACUCUAAAAAAAAUUGAAAAAUAAAUAAAAAAAUGAAAAAAAAAAUUUAUUUCUCUAAAAAACCCGAAAAAAAAAUUUUCUAUUUUUUACAAUUUUUUUGAUUGCACUGUGCAAAAAAUUUUGGUAAAAAUUUAAAAAAAAAAAAAAAAAUCAUUUUUUUCAAAUUUUUUAUGGGCACUAUGCAAUAAUUUUUCAAUAAAAAUUAUAAAAUUUUUUUUUCAGACAAAAAAUCCACAUUAUUUUCACAAAAAAUCCACGUUAUUUUCCCGACAGACCCUGAAAAAAUUUGAAAAAUAAAAAUAUGAAAAAAAAUUUAUUUCUCUAACGAAAUAAAAAAAAUUUCUAUUUUUUACAAUUUUUUUUGAUUUCACUGUGCAAAAAAUUUUGGUAAAAAAUUUGAAAAAUAAAAAAAAAAUAUAUUUUUUUUUUCAAUUUUUUUAUGGGCACUAUGCAAUAAUUUUCCAGAAAAAAAUCAUUAAAUUUUUUUUUCAGACCAUUGGCCAUCGCGUGGCGGACGUGGAAGCGGCCCCAGCGACCGCUCGAACCAACUCCCCGAUCCUCCAAGAGCACAAUGAAGGCCGUCCCCACAAACCGGAGCCAAUUUCCACGGUGGUAAUUCCGGUCCCAACGAAAUUAACGGGCAAUGAUUUCGACCAAAGCAAACCCGGGUUUUAUGAUGACUAUUUGCCGGAGGAUGAACUAAGCGAGACCGCGAGCCGAGGGUUGGUCUCGAUUGUGAGCACUGAGGAGAGCGAUCUGGGAAUUGUAAGAUUAUAGUGAAUUUCAAAAAAAAUAUUUUUUUUUGGUUUUGCACAGUGCGAAAGUUAAAAAAAAAAGAUUGCACUGUGCAGCCAAAAUAAUUUUUUGCACAGUGCGGUGGAAUGAAUUUUUUUUUUGCACUGUGGAAAGAGAAAAAAACGUUUUUUUUCAGGUUGCGACAAAGCUUUUUUUACAUCGAAAUUUAAGAAAGAUUGCACUGUGCGAAAAUGAGAAAUAAUUUUCUGCACGGUGCGGCAAAAAAUGUUUUUUUGCACAGUGCGGGGGAAAAGAAAAUUUUUAUGCACUGUGCGAUGAAGAAAACGAAUUUUUUGCAGAUCGCGGCAAAAUUUUUUACGCACUCUGCGACCCGAAAAUUAUUCUUUUCUUGCACAGUGCGAAAAUCGAGCAAACAUUUUGCACUGUGCGGCUGAUUUGAAAUAAUUUUCUGCACGGUGCGGUGAAAUGAAUUCGGUCGAAAAAAGCAUUUUCUUUGAAGAUUGCGUCAAAAUUAUUGCGCACUGUGUCAGCCAAAAAUUAUUUUUUUUUUGCACAGUGCACAUCAAAAGUAGAUUGCACCGUGCAACCGAAAUAAUUUUUUGCACAGUGCGGCCAAAAUAAAUUUUAUGCACAGUGCGAAGAAAAAACGAUUUUUCGUAGAUCGCGACAAAUCUUUUUUUUGCACCGUGCAACUGAAAACAUUUUUCGCACUGUGCGACCGGGAAAUUCAAAAUUCUCGUUUUUUGCACAGUGCAAAGAUCAAAAAAACUAAAUUUUUGCAUCGUGCAGAAAAAAUACUUUUUUGAGUGGCUAUUUUUAGCCUCGUUCCAGACUUUUUCCAGCCUUUUACGGACCAUAAAUCCCAUGUCCAAUUUUUUCUCUUUUUCCCCUAAAAAAAGCUGGUGUUAAAAUUGCAACCUGCGGCCUUUCGAAACUAAUAAAAUUGCCGGAAGUUUCAACAAAAAGACUCCUCCGCACUCUCCACAAAGCCUUAGGGCUUCUCGCACUCUUGGAAUCGUAUUUUUGGCCGACGAUUUGGUCCACUGGUCACUAUAUAAAAAUCUUUGGUUUCAGCCCGACCAAGGUCUCCAAACGACCACUGUGGAGGUGCACAACGAGGUGGACGCCGAGGAGACAGUUAGGAGACGGGACAGCGCCGAAUCCCGCGCCGGAACCCCCACAUUAUGGGAGAAGUAUCAGAUUCUGGGCGAGCAGUUCGCUAGAGACGAAGAAUGUAAGGUUUUUGAAAAGUAAUAGUGCCAUUUGCACUGUGCAGAAUUCUUUUGAAACGCUUUUUUAAUUGCACAGUGCAAAGUGGAUAUAAUUUUUUUCUUCUGCACUGUGCAAUGGAAAAGCCAAAUUUUCGGAUGCACUGUGGAAUAUCCGCGACAAAAUUUCUGCUUCUGCACUGUGCAAUAUCCGCAACAUAAUUUCUCCUUCUGCACUGUGCAAAAUCCGCGACAAAUUUUCUGCUUCUGCACUGUGCGAAAUUGAAGCCAAUUUUUUGGCCGCACUGUGCAAAUUUGUCCUUGCAGGAAAAAACACUAUUUUUUGCACUGUGCAGGUCGGAUUUUUUUUGAAAACCGCACGGUGCAAUAUUUGCGACAAAUUUUAUUUGCACUGUGCAAAGAAGAAACAAAUUCCCGUUUUUCUGACUGCACAGUGCAAAAGGAAAGUUGAUUUUGAAUUGCACAGUGCAAUGGAAUUUUUUUAUUGCACAGUGCAGUUUAGAAAAACGUCUAAAAAAAAAAAAAAAAAAAAAAAUUUUUUACUUUUUUACUAAAAAAAUUAUUUUCAGACCCUCAAAACAGUGAAUCCAGUUCAUUGGACUCGCUUUUCGCGCGCUAUCAAGAGCGGGAGCUGCAGAAAUUCAUCGAAAAGAACCCUCAUCUGCUGAUUCCCGUGGAAGGACCGGAGCGGCCCCAGCCUGUGACAACUCUACCUGGGCAGGUUCCAUUCAACACAACCUCGAGUUCUGUGGUCCAACAGGGAAUCCCGACCUUAAAUCCGAUCCCUCCGACGCCUGCGGCGAGUGGCAGUGAGGACGAAAGUGGAAAAGGGGCUGUUUCUGGUAAGAAAAUAGAUUUUUUGGAGAUUUAUCAUUAUUAUUUCAAAAAUUUAGCCUUAAAAAUAAUAAAAUAAAUUAUAAAAAAUCAUGAAAAAUAAUAGAAAAUCAAAAAAAAAUCAUCUUUUCCAGACAACGCGGUCGAAAAACGCGACGUCUCGGAGGCGAGUCGCGCCCUCACCGCCGAACACAGUGACGCCGGAAUCUCCACGCCGGCCAGUGAUGUGAGCACCCCCAUGAACAUUGAGGAAGCCAUAGCAUUCGCCGAAGCCAUAACUCGCGAAUCGAAGCAGAAUCACGCCGACUCCGAGGACGAAACUUCGUCGUCCUCCUCGAUUGCUCCCAGCGACAAAUCCGACGAAUUGUUCCAUUUGCCGCAAGUGGAGGGCGACUUUGAUAUUGGGAAUUUGGUGGACGACGUUAUUCAAGGCGUUCAGAGGGAAACAACGCCGGGAUCGCAGUAAGAAAAAAAAAUUUAAAAAAAAAAUUUUUUUUUUGAAAAUCGAGAUUUUUUGAUUUUUUUGAUAAAAAAGAGGCCUGUAAGAAAAAAUGAAAAAAAAUUUUUAGCUAUUUCUGGUUUUUUACAGCUGAUUUUUACUUGAAAAAUUGAAAAAAUGCAAAAAAAUUGAUUUAAAAAAAUGACGUCAUUUUUUGAAAAAUUGAAAGAAAUUGGCUAGAAUUUUAUAAAAAAGCAUUUCAACCAUCUAUGAAUAUGUUUUUUACUUUUAUUUUUUACAAAUGAAGUUUUUUUAAUUCAAAUUUUCAUUUUCCCGCCAAAAAAAAUUUGAAAUUUUUUGAAUUUUUUUGAGACAAAAGCCUUUAUAAAACCAAAAUUUCAAUAUUUUUUUUAGAAUCCACCAUUUCCUUCACUAAAAAUACCCCAUAUUUUUCCAGGAGAGCUGACUCCGCCCCUCGUCCCAUUCUAAAAAUGCCGAUCCCAAAAAACGACCAGUCGGCACCGGAGCGGACGGUGCCGACCUCGACAAUCUCUGCGACGAAUGCCGCCGCCAACUCACGGCGGACUCGCUCAAAGCCACCGCCCGAGCCGAGGCCGGCGCCGAAGCCCGCGAAAGCGGCCAAACCCCCGAUUCCGGCCGCAGCGAAGAGAGGGGUGGCGGGACCAAGUCGAGUGGCGGCGGUGAGGAAAGAGCAGACGCUCCAACGAAGGACCGUCGUUCAGAAAUCGACGGUGGAACGGGGCCGAGCGAAAGUCAUGACGAAAACGGUCAAGGUGAGAUUUUUUGGGGAAUCAGGGUUUGCACUGUGCAAAACGAAGAAACGGCUGAAUUGCACUGUGCAAAAGAAAAAAACCAAAAAGCGAAAAUCUGCACUGUGCAAAAUUAACGAAUGUCUUUUUGCACCGUGCAAUGGCCAAUUUUUGGUCUUUUGCACUGUGCAAAAGGAAAAAAUGAAAGAGCGACAAUCUGCACUGUGCAAAAUUCAUAAAUAUCUUUUUGCACAGUGCAAAAGUCAACUUUUGGUUUUUUGCACUGUGCAAAAGGAAGUAACGGCUGGAUUGCACUGGGCAAAAGAAAAAAACCAAAAAGCGACAAUCUGCACUGUGCAAAAUUAACAAAUGUCUUUUUGCACCGUGCAAAAGUCAACUUUUGGUUUUUUGCACUGUGCAAAAAGAAAUGGCGACUGCAUUGCACUGUGCAAAGGACAAAAAUGGAAAAGCGACAGUCUGCACGGUGCAAAGUUCAUAAAUGUUUUUUUUGCACAGUGCAAAAGUCAACUUUUGGUUUUUUGCACUGUGCAAACGGAAAUAACGGCUGGAUUGCACCGUGCUAAAGAAAAAAACCAAAAAGCGACAAUCUGCACUGUGCAAAAUUAACAAAUCCCUUUUUGCGCAGUGCGGAGAUUUCGAAAUCUAAUUUUGCACCGUUCAUAAGCUAACUUUCAUCUUUUUGCACUCUGCAAGGACAAAAAAGUAAAAACAAGGGUCUGCACGGUGCAAAAUUAACGAACUUCUUCUUGCACGGUGCGCAGAUCUCGACAUUGAAUUUUGCACCGUGCAAAAGUCAAGUUUUGGCUUUCCGCACUGUGCAAAGGACAAAAAUGAAAAAAGCGACGGUCUGCACGGUGCAAAAUUCACAAAUGCCUUUUUGCACAGUGCGGAGAGAAGAAACGGCCAGGUUGCACGGUGCAAAGGGCAAAAGUGAAAGGAACGACAAUUCUCACGGUGCACAGGCGAUGUUUUUUGCACUGUGCGGUGGGGAAAAUGGGAAAUUUAAAUUUUGCACUGUGCGAAAAAAAAAGAUUUGUUUUGCACAGUGCAAAAUAAAAAAUUUUUUCUGCCGCACAGUGCAAAAUAUGAUAAUGAAAAAAAUUGCACUGUGCAAUCAAAAAAAUUAUUAUUUUUUUUUCAGAAAAAGUCCAAGAAGCUCGACUCUGACGAUGACAUCCUUCCCAGCGCCUCAGGGUCUCUUCCACCGUCAACUCGAAGCCGGCAUUCGCUCAAAUCGCCGGUCUCGCGAAAAUCGUCGCUUCCGUCGCAAGUGAAACGAAGCGAAACCUCCACAAAGUUGCCAAAAAUCACGGCCGGUGAUUUCAUGAUCGGCGACAUUGAUUUAGACCUACCGGGACCUCAUGUAAUCCCCGCGUCUUUGGAUGACAUCAAGUCUGGGAGAGUGUCCCGGGAAUUGUCGAGGAAUUCGCUGCGAGAUACGGAGGAUGCGCGUGUGGAUGGAAAGCGGAGGGAUAAUGGAGAUGUUAGCUCUGGUAAUGAAACGGGAUUUUUUGGAAAUUUUCGAUUUUUUUGGGGAAAAAAAUUUUUUGGCCGAAAAUUUCAUUUUUUUCAAAUUUCAAACAGAUUUUUUUGGCGGGAAAAUUUAAAUUUGAAUUUUUUAAUGUAAAAAUCAAAAAAAAUCGAGGGAAAUACACAGCAAAAAAAUAAUAAAAUUGAAAUUUAUUCGAUUGUAAAAUACGAGUUGUCUGUUUUCUUCGAUAUAAAAAAAUUAAAAAAAUUUUUUGGACCAAAAAUUUUAUUUUUUUUAAAAUUUCAGAUAAAAAUUUUUUGGCGCGGAAAUUAAAAUUUGAAUUUUUAUACGUAAAAAUCAUAAAAAUCGAGCGAAAUACACAGCAAAAAAUAAUGAAAUUUAAAUUUAUUUGAUUGUAAAAUACGGCCACCAGUUUUCUGCCAUAAAAAAAUAAAAAAAUUUUUUUUCCAAAAAAAAUUUUCUAACUUUUUUCAAAAUAAUUCCAAAUUUCCAGGAGACGGUGUGAGCAGCUCGAAUCGCAAGAAUUUCCCGCCCUUGGACCUGAAGGGCGUGCAGAAGCCAGCGGAAUCGGAUCGGGUAAAAUUCGGGUCGUCGUUGUUGCCGCGGGUGUAUCGUGUUGGUGAGGACGGUUCGUAUCGUGCUUUGCGUGGUUCUCGGCGUUCUCGGACGUUCGAAUCCUCUGUUCGGCCUUCGUUGGCACCACGAGUUUCGCGGAUCCAUUCCAAAACUUUUGACGCCGAUUUGAUGAAUGGGCCAAAGUCAUCAAGAAUCGGGCCGAAAUCGACAAAUUAUGGGUCAAAAUCGACGAAUUAUGGGCCAAAAUCCUCGUUUCAUAGCCACAGCAGCAUUCCCAGUGGGGCUAGAAGAAGUCUACUGGCUAGUCGAGCUCCCCAAAGCUCGAGGGUAGCCAAGAAACCGGUGGUUUUUGCGAGGGAAUCGAGCUAUGACCUGGAUAUCCCAAGAAGGUCCGGAUAUGGCCUCAAAAGCCGAUAUCUCGCAAAUCAACCGGUCAAUUUCAAUGUCACACUGCGACGGAGAAGUCCAAGGUCUGGAGGGACGAGUUCUCGCCUUCAACCAUGCCAUUCACAUCGACUGCCUCGAGUAGGAAGUUAAAUGCACGUUUUAUACCUAGUUCCAAAAUUUGUUUUUUUUUUCGUUUUUAAAUAGCUAUUUUUUGAUAGUUUUGAUAUUGUCAAGGCUGUAAUAGAACUUUAACUAUUAUUUAGAGUCAUUUUUACAAUUUUUAGAAGGCAUUUUUACAACUAAAAAAUCAAUUUUAUUUUUGAAAAAAAAUUUUUUUUAAAAAUUUUUAUUCAAAUUUUUGACGGUUUCAAAUGGAAAUUUUUGUAUUCAAAAUUACAGUAAUAUAGUCUUGAUAGUAUUAAAAGAAUUUUUUGAUAGUUUUUACUAUUUUUUAAGCCCUAAUUACCCUCCUUUUCGCCUUUUUUCCCUGCUUUCCCCUCCUUGAAUUCCCUGAUUUUCCCUCUUCGUUAACUUUAUGUUCAGGUCAACGUUGCCGCUUCUACUUGCGCCGUUGCAGAGCGAGUCCAGCCCCUAGCCGAAGGCGCGAACGCGGAGCUGGAGGAGAAGGUUCAUGAGCACUGUUUGACCGACCGAAAGCCCUGGGACUCCUCGCCGUUGCGGGAGGGGGAGCUGCAGAAAAUCCCGUUGGACUGGAAUCUCACCUCUUCCGAGUCCUUGCUACAUAGUCUGGAAAGAAGACGCAGCAAAAGCUACUCGGAAAUCGCACUCUCCCGCAAAUCGCUGCCCAAUAUCUGGAGUGAUGAGGAAUUUGCCCCGAAAAAUGGGAAAAACCCCAGAUUUACGGACGUAAAAGACUGCCCGUUGACGAAAAUGGGCGUCCCUGUGGGUCGAGAGCGCCGACAUCACAGCUUGAUCGAUGCCAAGUUUAGUCGACCGGUCGAAACGGCUCAACGAAUCCAUCGCCUUCCGCCCAUUGAGAACGUCGAAGAGCGACGGAAAUGGAUGGAAAAAGUGAAAAAAUCGCUCAAUUCCAAGGAAUUUCUCAACUAUGAUUAG